AAUACAUAUAUUAUUCAGAAAAAGAAAUUCGAAAAACAAAAAAAUCCCCAUCCCCCAUCCUCCAUUACGGCAUUCCCUGUUUGCCUGAGUUUUGGCAUUCGACGUUGUCCAGAAUCUGCAAAACUUCGUGCCCUCGCAUUUGGAUCAAAUCUUACUUCUUCUUCAAUUUACCGCUACCUCAACGUUUUCGGCAUGAUUUCAUCAGGAUUUCACGAGUUCAAUAGAUCAUUACAACUUUAUAAUCAUGCCAAUGAUUCAAAUCCUCAUAACGUCUACGCGAUUUGUCCACCGUUUGUCCGGAAGGGCUUUGAUUAUGACAUCCGAUUGUUUAGAAAACCGAUUUGUAGUAUCAGAAAUUACAGGCCUUCUUUUAUUUGUGCGACCCCACAAGCUUCAAUUAAGGACCAUAUUGCACCUAUUUCUCAUUUGAAUAGUGAUGGUUCUAAGAACCCAUCAAUUGAAACAGCUCUGAUAUUGAUUCGACAUGGUGAGUCAAUGUGGAAUGAGAAGAAUUUAUUCACUGGCUCUGUUGAUGUACCUUUAACAAGGAGAGGUAUAGAGGAAGCAAUUGAAGCCGGUAAGAGGAUUUGCAACAUACCACUAGACUUUGUGUACACUUCUGCGCUGAUUCGCUCGCAAAUGACGGCUGUGCUUGCUUUGACUCAACAUCGCUGCAAAAAGGUGCCUAUAAUUAUGCAUAAUUGUAGUAAACAGGCAGAGGCAUGGAGUCAAAUUUACAGUGAUGAGGCUAAAAAGCAAUCAUUUCCGGUUAUUAGAGCUUGGCAAUUGAAUGAAAGAAUGUACGGUGAGCUACAGGGCUUGAAUAAACAGGAGAUUGCUGAAAGAUACGGUAAAGAGCAAGUGCAUGAAUGGCGUCGGAGUUAUGAUAUUCCUCCACCUGAGGGUGAGAGCUUGCAGAUGUGCUAUCAAAGAGCAGUCGGGUAUUUUAAGGAACAUAUUGAACCACAGCUGCAAUCUGGGAAACAUGUUAUGGUUGCAGCCCAUGCUAAUUCGCUAAGGUGUAUUAUCAUGUAUCUAGAAGAACUGACUUCUUGCGAGGUAAUUAACUUGGAACUAUCAACUGGUGUACCACUACUUUACAUAUACAAGGAGGGAUCGUUUAUGAAGCGAGGGAGUCCUGUAGGUCCUUCGGAAACUGGUGUAUAUGCAUUAACUAGGGCAAGAAUCUUUUACCUCUCCAUUGGCCUCAUGUUUUUUGAUCACUGAUGACUUGAUGUUUGCUUGUUAAACUUCAAUAGUCAUUUCAAAUAUUGCUAUGUUGAUCAUUGAUUAAAAGUGAUCAAAAUGGAAGAUAGAACAAAAUAGUUGCUGCUGUGGUAUGCUGAGAUGGAAAAUGUCCGUGGAAUAAUUAGGGAUCCUUGAUCAAAUGUUGACAUUGAUAUUGGUGCUUCAGGAAGCAUAGACAAAACGCCUUAUGUGUCUAACUUCAGUAAAUUAAAAGGAAUAAGCAGAAAACUGCCCCAUUUUCUGUCUGUUUUGCUCUAUGCCAUCACUUGAUUGAUAAACAUCUUUGCCUCUUGCUAUAUUUUGUGCAGAGUUUAGCACUUUACAGGCAAGAGUUGGACGAAAUGGCAUGCUGAACUCCCUAAAGUUCAGGUAAGAAAAUUUGACUUGUUAGAUUAUAACUACUCAAGUAUGGUUUUCCAAAUGUUUAAAAUAAACAAGAUUGCUGCUUAUUUGAUAUUGCGAAUGAACUAGGAAACCAAUGGACUCACAGGCACUUGCUUCUUCUUCUUGUUCUAAAACUAGAAGGUUCAUACUAAUUACAAAUGUUUGUUGCUCGUAUAUGUUUUGUGUUCUAUGGAAUAGUGAUCUCUAUUUCUUAAGUGUUAUUGUUCGAGGUUUUCUGCAGCUGGCUCAAGCACUUCCUGAAAGAUCUAGGAGAAUUUGAAGAGGGAAAAGAGAUGUACUUCACAAAAGCCAUAGAUACAAACUUCCAUCUCAAGUCAUCUGAAACACCGUGCACCUGACUGUAAUUGUUCAUAUCUAUUUUGUUUUAGAAUAAUCAAAGUAUGAUUAUUAAUAGCUACUACCCAAUUUGCCAAUUCUUUAAUGUUGUUGAUUAAGAUCUCUAAUUCAUACAUUUGUUGUACUCAAAAUAGUUCCCGCCCAAUAUUCUAAUCUGACUCGUUAACCUUUACGUUUUAA